UUUUGUUUAAUGCUGUCAUAUAGAUAUUAGUCAGCUGUAAGGUGUUCUAGGUUUGUCAAAGGUUUCUGGUAUAAUUCACGGUAUGUCAACGGGUGGAGUAAUGCCUUCAUCUCAAGAUUCCAACAGACCAGAACUUUAUGAGGAGGUCAAGUUGUUUAGAAAUGCCCGGGAAAGAGAAAAGUAUGAUAAUAUGGCUGAUUUAUAUGCAGUCAUCAAUACAUUACAGAAUUUGGAAAAAGCCUACAUUCGAGAUUGUGUGACUCCCAAAGAAUAUACAGCCGCAUGCUCAAAACUUCUUGUGCAGUAUAAGGCAGCUUUCAAUCAAGUUCAAGGAGAUGAGUUCCCAACAAUAGAGACUUUUGUGAAGAAGUACAGACUGGAUUGCCCAGCUGCUUUGGAACGGAUAAAGGAAGACAGACCAAUUACAAUUAAGGAUGAUAAAGGGAACACUAGCAAGUGCAUAGCUGAUAUAGUUUCUCUGUUUAUCACAAUUAUGGACAAGCUGAGGCUAGAAAUAAAGGCGAUGGAUGAGCUUCACCCAGAUCUGCGCGAUCUCAUGGAUACAAUGAACAGACUCAGCCUUCUCCCAUCAGACUUUGAGGGCAAGCAGAAAGUAUCAGAUUGGCUAACCACUCUCUCAGGAAUGCAGGCAUCUGAUGAACUUUCAGAGACACAAGUUCGACAGCUAAUAUUUGACUUGGAGUCAUCAUAUAAUGCUUUCAAUAAGAUACUACACCAUACUUAAUAUGAAACCAAUAGUGCCGUAGAUGUGUUUUAUUUCAGUUAAAAGGAACAAAGGAUAGAGGGAUAUGAGGUUCCUAUACCAUACAUUUCCUUCAUUAUCUGAUUUAUGAAUUCUGUAUAACUUAAGGUUCCACAUUAUCCCCAGAGAUUUGGGAAACAUAUUGUUAUAAUUAUUUUUGUUACAGUAAAAAGUUAAUACUGCAUACAAUAUA